AGCUGUCUUUAAAUAUUAUUCUCAUAUUCCCCGCAUUAAGGCGGUGACUGUUCAAAAUUAUAGAAUUUGUUGCUUUAUAUUUCUGAAAAUAUCGAUAUGAAUUACCUGAUUCAACGCGGAAAGAUGCGCCAACAGGCGAUAAAUGUGCCGGAGGGUCUGCCGGAACUUCUGUCGGAUAUUACGCGGGAGGUUCUGCGAUGCCAGCCGAAGAAGGAGUGUCUCUGCCAGUUCAUCAUCGACUAUCUGCACUCGGUGAUCGUGACCAGGGAGAAGGCGCUGGUGGCCAAGUCCAUUUUGGACAGGGCUCUUCGGGAGGUGGACAACAUCAUAUCCGACCUGUGCGUCUGCGACCUGUCCAAGGAAAAGUCCGAGCUGAUGGGCCAGGUGCUGGAGGACUGCUUCCGCAACUUCCUCGAGAAGCGGCGCUGCGAGAUGCGGCGCGGAAAGCAGACCAUAAACUUCGAGGACGUGGACAUCCUGGAGGAGCUGCUGCUGAAGUGCAAGUUCUCCGACCAGGAGCUGAUCAUGUCGCGACCGGCCAUCGAGAGUGCCUACAAGCGCUUCGUGGACGCCUACAUGUCCGCGGAACGUGGUGCUGAUGGCACCGAGCUGCUCUACCAGUACUUCCGCGAUCGGGAGCUGAAGCGCAUCAACGAGGCGAUGCGUCAACAGGCGGCCAUCACAAUCCAGUCGGCUUGGCGUGGCUAUUGGGUCCGUCUCCAGUUCCCCCAUGAAGUGUGCGUCUGCGUCUGCGCGGCGGAGAAGGAGGACGACGAGGAGGAGAGGCGCAGGCAGGAGGCAGCGAGCAUCCUUCAGCGAUUCUUCCGCAAGGUCAUGCUGCGUGUUGCCACCAAGCCUAUUGCAGAUCCUUGUGCUGAGCCCACGGAGCCAACCGAUGUUACGGUGACUUCUUUGCCGGACACCACAGGGAUUGGCUCUGAUGAUGUGACUGUCACGUCGACAGCAGUGACAACUGCAGCAGGAACUGCCCCGGGAACUGCGCCGGGUACUGCGCCGGGAACUGCGCCGGGAACUGCGCCGGGAACUGUUCCGGGAACUGCGCCGGGAACUGCUCCAGGAACUGCUCCAGGAACUGCGCCAGGAACUGCUCCAGGAACUGCCCCUGGAACUGCGCCGGGAACUGCCCCUGGAACUGCGCCGGGAACUGCGCCGGGAACUGCGCCGGGAACUGCGCCGGGAACUGCUCCGGGAACGGCCAGACCCUCGGCAACCGGUUUGGCAGAACCAGAAGUUCAGGCUGCCGAAGCUCAACCAGCGCCGGCAGAGGCUGCGGUGGAGGAGGCACCACCUGCAGUGGUCGAAGAGGCUGCACCACCUCCCGUUGAAGAGGCUGCACCACCACCCGCAGAAGAGGCACCACCCGCCGAAGAAGCUGCUCCACCACCACCUCCCGCCGAGGAACGUGCCCCGGCGGAGGAGGCCGAACCUCCUGCUGAAGAAGCGCCUGCUGAAGUCGAAGCUGAGUAGAUUGAACAACACUAUCUUUAUUAGUUUUCCCUUAGUUGUUAAAUUGAUUUAUCCAGCAAGUGAAUAAACCGAUCUUAAGGGGGAGGAAUCUUCUGCCCCUUUACGAUUCCAGUUGA